AUGGAGAAGCUGAUUACUUAUGAAGACCUGGCUUACGAGGAGUCAUUGCUGCUAGAUCCAUACUCAUUGGAGUCCUGGAUUGCUUAUUAUCGUCACAAGGAGCACUCGUCCCCUGUAGAUCAACAGUUCUACGUACUGUUCAGAGCUGCUAACGCUUUGAAAAGAGCACCUGAAAUUUGGAUCCUGUGUCUGAAAACCUGUGUGAAGCUUUGGGAGGAGCGAAAGUCUGAAUUGGAGGAGUUUGACGGUUUAAUCAAAGUGUUCGAACAAUCUUUACUUUACAAUGGGUCUUCUCCCAUAAUCUGGGCUUUGUACUUGAAGGCACUAGUCAAAUACUCAUGUAUCCCUGGGAUAACCUUUGUUAGACGGAAAUCUGACCAGUGUUUACAAACACUUCCUUUUGCAAAACAUCAUUUGAUAUGGCCUUUUCUCCUGCAAUUUGCUGACGAUGUUGGAGCCAUCACCUCCUUGUCGAUUUGGACAAGAUUUUACUAUUAUAAGAAAACAUGCAUGCCUUAUGUGAGGCUCCAGGAUGCUUCGUCAAUUGAAGAAGAAACCGGAUUUAUUCCUGAUCAGUACAAAUUGGAGAACGUUACUUACCAGACUAUACUUCAUAAACUAACCAGUCAAGCGCAUUCAGACUUAUCAGCAUACACAAGAACUUUUCAAGAUUUGCUGGAUAAUACGGAGUUUCUGGCAACAGUAGAGCUCUCCGAAUUGAAGUUGUAUACAGACUAUCUUAAUGUGCUAAUAAAGCAUCCCCAAGAAUCAGAGAACAUUGAUUACAAGUCGCAUGACACGAAGAUCGAAAAACUGGUUCAAUACCUAAUUGAAAAGUUUCCUGACCAACAAGCAUCCAUGAUAAUACAUUGGACUCAAUACUGGAUAAACAGAGGAAAUUUCCAUAAAGUAAGGGAAAUCUUUGAAGUCGGGAUAACCAAAUCAAAGACGGUGAAGGAUUUUGUUGUGGUCUACGACACAUACUUAGAGUUCGAAGAAACUGUUAUCUCCACUACUUUGAAAGAUUUAGAGCUUCAAGGGCUGGAGACUUCACCAAUGUUGGAAUUGAGGAUGCAUAGCUUCGAACAACUAAUGGACAGAAGAGAGUUAUUAAUGAACGACGUUCUGUUGAGACAGGACAAGAAUGAUGUUGCAACUUGGUUAGAUAGAGUUGCGAUUUUUGAUAAAGAGACACAAUUACAAAACGUUUUAGCCACUUAUGUUGAAGCAAUUAGAACUAUUGAUCCUGGCACCAUCGAAGAACCUGGAGUGUUGCCCAAACUUUGGUUAGGAUACAUUGAUGUAUACAAAUCGAAGGGUGAUUUGAAAACAGCCCGGAAAAUAUACGCUGCUACUUUGAAGGCGAACUUUCCUUUUCCAGAAGAUUUGGCAGAUCUUGUCAUUUCCUGGGCUGAAAUGGAAUUGGAGAAUGAUGACUAUCCUCAGGCUAUAGAUGUGAUGAAAACCUCACUAAAAGAAUUCGCAUUGAAAAAAUCUACCAAAUUAUGGUCAUUUUAUCUGGAUUUGGUAGAGUCGUCAGGCAAUAUUCCUGAUACAAUCAAAUUGUAUGAUACAGUGAUUGACCUAAAAAUAGCCACUCCCUUAACAAUUCUAAACUAUUGUAAUUUUUUGGAAGAACACCAACGAUAUCAGGAGUGCUUAAGAUGUUACGAGAAAGGUGUACAUUUGUUUCGUUUCCCUGUUUCCUUCGAGAUUUGGAAUGUCUAUCUUUCCAAAAUGGUCAACGAGCAGGCAAAGUUCAAGCUCACAAACGAACAUAUCAGGGAUUUGUUUGAACAAUGUAUUGAACAAUGUCCUCUGAAUCUUGUAGAGCCAAUAUAUAUUGGGUACGCAAAGUUUGAACUCGAUCAUGGUUUUAUCAGUAAAGCUUUUAGAAUCUACGAGCAAGCUAUAGAAAAGUUGGAAGACGAAAAGGAGAAAUAUAAUAUUUUCAAGAUAUACAUACAAGUGUCUUUGCUGAACCAAGAGGAUCAGAAAACUCGAAAGAUUUACGAACAAGCUCUCGAGUCACUACCUGCUACAUUAUAUGGAUUCACUGAAUCAAUUGUUAUUCCCUUCGUUGAGUUGGAAAUUAAGCUCAAAGAAAUCUCACGAGCAAGGGCCAUAUUUCAUUAUGCUGCGGAUCUUAUUGUCCCCACUAAGAAGAAUCCCAUCUUAUGGGAACGUUGGGAACGUUUUGAAUUGCAUUAUGGUAAUGAAGACACAUUCAAAUCAAUGCUGCGGUAUCAGAGAUCAAUUGACGACCAAGCUAAACUAGAAGAUGUCGAGACCUUAGUCGAGUCCAACGCUCCCGUACAGUUUGUCGCAUCGUCUACGGGACCCCAAGUAGGUUCUGCUACCACUAAUAAUAUGGAGAAGAAGAUAAACCCAGAUGCCAUCGAUCUGGAAUUUGAUGAUCUAAGUGAUUAA